AUGAAGGAGAUAUCUCCCCGGAAACGUUACGUCCCUUUCCCUAAUAACCGCAAAUUAGUCCCAAAACUUUGCACCAUUUUUAUUGUCAAGAGCUUUCUAAUUUCCAUCUGCUUCGUGGCCUCCAUUUAUCUAAUAGUAUCCUUCACUGUUAAUUUCUCCGACAGUGAAGAAUAUAUCAGCAAAGAAGAAAAAGAAAAAGAAACAACCAUAUCCCACAUCGUGUUUGGCAUCAGAGGGUCCGCUAAAGCAUGGAACAACCGCUCACGUUACUCUGAGCUCUGGUGGAGACCAAAUGUAACGCGAGGGUUCGUGUGGCUCGAUGAAAAGCCCCACGACAACGAGCCAUGGUCUGAAACUUUCCCACCUUAUAGGGUUUCUCAAGACAAGUCCAAAUUCAAGUACACUUGUUGGUUUGGUGACAGGUCAGCUGUGAGGAUUGCGAGGAUUGUAAAGGAGAGCUUUGAACUAGGUUUAAAGAAUGUGAGGUGGUUCGUAAUGGGAGAUGAUGAUACUGUGUUUUUUCCAGAGAAUUUGGUGACGGUUUUGGCUAAAUAUGAUCACAACCAAAUGUAUUACAUUGGUGGGAAUUCCGAAAGCGUAGAGACCGACGUAGUAUUUUCCUACAGUAUGGCUUACGGCGGUGGCGGCUUUGCUAUUAGCUACCCUCUCGCGGCGGAUCUCGUGAAGAUUUUGGAUAGUUGCAUUAAUCGCUACCAUUACCUGUUCAGUUCAGAUCAAAAGAUAGGUAGUUGUGUAGCUGAGAUUGGCGUUUCUCUCACCAAAGAACCCGGUUUCCACCAGAUGGAUAUACACGGAAGUCCAAGAGGGCUUUUGGCAGCACAUCCCGUGGCGCCACUGGUCUCACUGCACCAUCUGGACGUGUAUGUGUUACAACCUUUGAUUCCUUCAAUGAGCCGAUUUGAGUCAGUGAAGAAGGUGAUUGAGGCUUACAACAAGGACCCAAGUCGGACGUUGCAACAUAGUUUGUGCUAUGACCUAAAGAGAAACUGGUCAUUAUCAGUGUCAUGGGGAUUCUCAGUUCAAUUAUAUCCGUGGCUGAUGAAUGCAAGAGAAUUAGAGAUGCCAAUGCAGACAUUCAAGACAUGGAAAGGAUCUGAAGAACCAUUCACAUUCAAUACUCGGCCAAACAAUGUAGAACCAUGCAAGAGUCCUAUAGAGUACUACUUGGAUCAAGUUCUUGACCUUAGCAAUGGUGAAACCUUGACCAGUUAUAAUACCAUUACUGGUAUUAACAAGCAAUGUGAGAAUCAAAACUAUAGACCAGCUUUAGCAGUUCAUAUGGUUAAUAUCACCGCGUCAAUGCUAUCUCCCGAAGUAUGGAGACAGGCACCACGACGACAAUGUUGCGAAGUGAUCAAUGAAGAAGAUGGUAUUAGGAGCAGCUUACACAUCAGAAUCAAAGGUUGCAAUAAGUGGGAAUCAGUAACGCCGCCCUUUUACGACAAGUAUGGAGACUUUGCCUAUUUUCAGAGAAUGGUUCGAUGAAUGAAAGUGAAAAUUUUCAGUGGCUAUAUCUGGGAGAGGAAAUUGAAAUCCUUACUAACCAAUUGUAUCCUCCCCCUUUAUCCAUUGUGUUUUAAGAUUUUACAUGGCGAAUCUUUUUGUAUUUUCAAUGUUAUAUGCCCUAGACUUUGAA